CGGUUUUGGUUUAACCAAAAAUCAGAAAGUUGGUUUUUGGUUAAACCGAGCGACCCCUAGCAUUACCAAACACCGACCGGCACCGUCUAACCGAUUGGUCAGUUAUUGAUUACAACCGUGGUUAGCCGAAUUAAAUAAGAAAAUUAAUUAAAUAAAUAAAUAGAAGAAAAGAAACCACUUCACACGUUUCCGUCUUUAUCUUCUUCUUCUCUCCACACCCAAAAAAAAGCGAACGUCUUUUCUUCUCCCCUCUCUCUGCCUUGCCUCCGCUACCCUCCAAGCCUCUUCUUCUCUCCUCUCUCUCCCAGCCAAAACCAAUUGCUUUUUUUCCCUUUUCUUAACCAAACUUAAUUCCCCUCUCUCUCCGUUGUUCUUCUCUUAACUCAUGGACAAAGACCAUUUUUUUCUCCUUCUCUCUUUUGCGGCCGCAGUUCAUCUGCUCGGGGAUGGCGACGACGGAUGGACGGGGAAGAGGAAGGACGGAGGCGGGGGCGGGGGCGCGAGGCGACGCGAUGAGGAAGGGAUCUGGGCGGCGGCGAGGAAGGGAUCUGGACGGGUGCGACGUGACGAGGAAGGAUCUGCAUGGCGGCGAGAAACGGAGGAAGGCGGCGGUCGUGAGGCGACGAGGAAGGGAGAAGGGCGGCGGCCGUGAGGGUUAGGGUGAGGGUCUGAGGGGAUUAUAGGGUUUCAGAGUGGGGUUAAGGGUUUUAUCUGUCUUUUUUUUAGGGAGGGCAAUAUAUGAGGGUUGGUCGGUUUGGGUCAUUUUUAUGGAUAACCGCGGUUAAUAAUCUACGGUUACUCGGUUAUCCGAAACUUCUUAUUCUCCUCUGAGCACCGACCGAAGUAACUUGGCCUCGGUUUUCGAUUAGCCGAAAACCGGUUGGUUCGAUUGUAACCGACGGUUAUCCGCUAACCCGAAAUCGAACUGCCAGCCCUAAAUUAAACUGUAAAUUGGUU